AUGCUUGAAUAAAAUAGAUUAAAGAUACAUAUAAAUUAUAUAUUUUAAAGCACAAAAAGUAUAAUAAAUUUAAAUAUUUUGAGAUGAUCCUGACUUGAAUAAAAAGAGUGAUAUAAAAGAGAGAUUUACUUAAAUAAAUUAAGCUUAUAAUUAACUUAAGCAACGCAAAUUUCAUAAAAAAGUAGAAGAGGAGCGUUAAUUUGAUAAAAUUAGUUCUGCAUAAUCUGUAGAAGAGUUUAAUGAUAAAUAUUUUGAUUCUACUUUAUGA